ACCAGCACGCACUAACAAGUAACAACUAACAACAUAGCAUGAUAUGGGCAUAUGGCCACAUUCCCUUUCUUUUUCUAGCAUGAUACCUUUCCCCAUUCACACUCUCCCCAAUCUGUACCGCUAAUCCCGCCUUUCUCUCUCUUAUAUCUAUAUAUAAUUAUGUAUAAGCUCCUACAUCUAUCAUCAUCACUUGUACAUACAAUUUUUCCUUCUUCUGAUUGUUAAUAAGUAAGUAUGGGGUUGAGAAGAGGCAUAAUGGCAGCCAUGGUAAUUACACUGAUGCUUCAAGUUGCGAUGUGUAAAUCGGAGAUAAGCAGGGCGGACUUUCCUAACGGCUUUACAUUUGGCACUGCUUCUUCUGCCUUUCAGUAUGAAGGAGCAGUAAAAGAAGACGGAAGGGGACCAUCUGUAUGGGAUACUUUCUCACAUACUUUUGGCAAGAUACUCGAUUUCAGCAAUGCUGAUGUUGCAGUGGAUCAAUACCAUCGAUACGAAUAUCAAAUACAGUAUAUAUUUUCAGUUAUAAAUGUCAAAUUUACCUGCUUUAAAAUUCAUGUAUCAGAUGGAACCGGAGAAAUUAACCAGGCAGGAGUUGAUUACUAUAACAAACUCAUAGACGCAUUACUCGCCAAAGGAAUUGAACCAUAUGUGACCAUAUACCACUGGGACCUACCACAAGCCUUAGAAGACAAGUAUAAUGGAUGGCUCAGUGCUGAUAUCAUAAAUGACUUUGCAAAUUAUGCUGAGAUAUGCUUUCAGAAAUUUGGGGACAGAGUGAAGCAUUGGAUCACAUUUAAUGAGCCACACACAUUUGCCACACAAGGCUAUGAUGUUGGUCUUCAGGCCCCUGGAAGAUGCUCCAUUGUUCUUCACCUGUUUUGUAGGGCUGGCAACUCUGCUACUGAACCUUACAUUGUUGCUCAUAAUGUCCUUCGUUCUCAUGCACUUGUUGCUGAUAUAUAUAGAAAAAAGUAUAAGGCUGCACAGGGUGGAUCACUUGGGAUAGCCUUUGAUGUGAUUUGGUAUGAGCCAGCAACAAACACCAAAGAAGACAUUGAAGCUGCUCAAAGAGCACAAGAUUUCCAGUUAGGCUGGUUUCUUGAUCCUUUGAUGUUUGGAGAUUAUCCAGCUUCAAUGAGAAGCAGAGUAGGGAACAGGCUCCCAAAAUUUACCCCAUCUGAGGCUGCCCUUGUGAAAGGUUCCUUAGAUUUUGUGGGAAUCAAUCAUUACACCACUUUUUAUGCAAGAGACAAUAAAACUAAUCUCAUUGGAGUUCUGCUCCAUGAUACUGUUGCAGAUUCUGGUGCUGUUACUCUUCCAUUCAAUGGUACUAAAGCUAUUGGAAAAAGGGCAAAUUCUAUAUGGUUGUAUAUAGUGCCACAAAGCAUGAGAACCUUGAUGAACUACAUCAGACAAAAGUAUGGAAACCCUACAGUCUAUAUCACAGAAAAUGGGAUGGAUGAUGGGAAUAGCCCAUUUACCUCCAUUAAGGAUGCUCUAAAGGAUGAGAAACGGAUUGGGUACCACAGUGGCUAUUUAUCUAAUUUACAAGCUGCUAUAAAAGAUGGUUGCAAUGUGAAGGGAUAUUUUGUGUGGUCACUACUUGAUAACUGGGAGUGGGCAGCUGGAUACAGUUCAAGAUUUGGUCUAUACUUUGUUGAUUACAAAAACAAUCUAAAGAGAUACCCUAAACAAUCUGUUCAAUGGUUCAAGGACUUCUUGAAACCAUCUUAAUAGCUGUCGAAAUCAUAUAUACAUAUAUAGGUUAUAGUGUACACCUUGUGUUUAGAUCAUGAAAGCAAAAGAAACCACAUUCAA